AUGACCUUACCACCCGUCAAGCUCCUCCGCCCCGACGGGCUUCAGAUUGACGCGGAUACACCGUGUAUCCUGGAGGUCAACAUCCCCAUCACCCUCCCCCACCAACUCGACCCCUCGCUCCCUGCGCCUCCGUAUCAUAACCGGGACGGUGGUCCAGAGGACGAAAUUGUGUUUGAAGUUCGGGAGUCCUCGGGGUUCCUGACAACCCGCUAUAUCAAACACAUGGUUGCCGAUAGACUGCGGGGUGCACUUUCCUAG